AUGAUAUUAAGAAACAUACUACCAAAGACUUUUCUACAGUUUCUAUUUAUCUUCUCCGUUACAAUACUGCUAAUACCUUCACCACUAUUAUUUGGCGACGCUUCAGCUACAAUAAUAGACAAACUCUCGGAAGACCCACAGUUCAGAAAUCUUCUUCGUGCACUACAACACACCCGCCUCAUACGCGAAGUCAACCGUUAUGAAGUGGCCACGUUGUUCGCGCCCACUAACAAAGCAAUUGGUGAGGCUUGGUGGGCAGUUACACGCGAAAAAUUACUUUAUCAUUUUUUAGGGGUUGAUAUGAAACUUGAAGAGUUGAAACCUGGACGAUUGUUAACCACAAGGUUGAAGUUGGAUGGGAGACUUGGGGAUGGAGGUGACAAUGAGCCGGGUCAAAGGGUGAAGGUUGAAAGAGAAAAGGAUGUCUAUGUUGGGAAUGGGAAAAUCAUCGGUGAACCGUUGCUAGCAGACAAUGGCAUAAUUCACACUAUAGAUGAUGUUUUAGAAAUACCUUUAGAUCUUAAUGCUACACUUCAUCAACUGGAUAUCCGGCUAUUCACACAAUAUUUCGUAAAAAAAAAAUUAUCACAUUUCUUAGCCACAAAAUCACAUUUAACUCUCUUUAUUCCGAUCGACGAAGCAUUCAGCCUCCGUUUUAAAAAAUAUGAACGAAAAUAUUUGAAUGGCACUUGUGGUGGGGGACUGGAUGAUCUCGAACUUGUGUUGGGACAUCAUGUUCACGAUGGAUUGAUCUACACGGAAGAUAUGGAGGGUUCACAAGAGAAAUCUACUAUUCAAGGUGAGCCGAUACCCAUAGUACGUGAAAAUAAAACAGUAAUUAAGGUUGGAGAUGGGCAUAUUAUUGACAAUAAUAAGGAUAUUUUGGCGAACAACGGUGUUAUCCACAUUGUAAGUCGGGUCUCAGCGCCACAAGCACUCCACUUUAACGAACUAAAGUAUUUGUGUGGUCUCGACGCAACAAAUUUCGUAGAAUGGAUUCGAAGAGCCGGAUUAGAGCAUUACAUUCAAGACUCUGAGACACCAUACACGAUUUUAGCUCCGCAUGAUGACAAUUACAAUGCUCACGAUAAAAUUCUCGAUAUCAUUAACGAUAAUAUUAAGAGCACCGCUAGUGACAAUGAAAAAUUCUUGAAGUAUCAUUUUGUAGAAGGAAAAAAAACUAUAUCCGAAUUGACAGAUGGACUAUUACUUCCUAGUGAGGUGACAACUGACGAUCUAAAGGGACAUCACCAGCGUAUUAAAGUUAGUGUUAAGCCGAAAUCGAGAAGAAAUGAUGAUUAUGUUGGAAAUAGUUUGACGAUGCCCGAAGUUCGAUUUAAUGAUCUUUCGAUAAUUGGUGAACCCGUGGAAAUUGGCAAUUCAAUAAUUUAUGUUCUCGAGGAUGCACUCACACAACCUCACGACAUAAUUCAGACUCUGUCUCUGAAGACGGGCAAAAAAUUUCAUGAGUUCAUAAACGCGUUUUAUGUUAGUGACCCAAACGACACCAUUCGUAACUUACCCGGAACAACAGUAUUUGCGCCGAUCGAUGAAGCAUUCACCAAAUUAGGUCUCGUCUACAACUAUCUUUUACAUCCGAUCGGUAAACAAGAUUUGACUUCCGUAUUGCAAUAUCAUGUCCUUGACCAAGUUCUCUACUCGGAAGAUAUCCCUCAAGGGAAAUUCAUGUUUGAUACAAUCGAAGGUGAACCGCUUAUUAUUCAGCGUGAAAAAGAUGUGAUUAAGGUCGAAGGAACGAAUUAUACGGCUGUUGUCACGGAAAAAGAUGUUUUGACACGAACGGGUGUAAUGCAUAUUGUCGAUUCGAUUCGAAUACCACCCAGUGUAAAUAUUACACCAUAUAAGAUUUUAAAAGGAAUGGAAGCAGAAAAGAUGAUAGAAUUGUUUAAAAUCGCAAACUUGACCUCGAUUCUCAAUGAUACGACGGAACCAUUCAUUAUACUGAUACCACCUGAAAAACAAUUUGCGAAUCUCACGAUAGCGGCAAAAGACCCCGAAAAAUUAUCACGGAUUCUUUCUUCACAUAUCAUCCCGGGCUCGAUUGACAUUGAUCGAAAAGAGAAGAAAAUGUUUACCACGUUAUUAACCAGCAGCACAAAAAUACAAAUAAAUUACGACAUCUUGACCGGUAAACCUUAUGUUGAGCUGCAAGGUUCCCUUAGCUUCUUCGAAGAACGCGCAAAAAUUACUGCUGUCGGCAAGACAUCGAAUGGUGGCGGUGUAUAUCAGAUCGAUAAGAUAUUAACCAGAAAUUCGACACAGCAUUUUACUCGGGCUGGGUUAGGCGUGUUGAUUGGAUUGGGAUUGAUAGCGUUCUUUACGGGAGGAAGUGGCGUCGGAAUAUGGGGGUGGCAGAAAUGGAAGAGUUGGGGAUAUACCCCAAUUCAAGAUGGUAAUGCGGGGGCGGCUGAACGCGAUUCUAUUGAUCCCGGUGAUGCGGAACGCGGUGAAGUGCCUCCUGUUCAAGAUGAUAAUGCGGGGGGCAGCUGA